AUGUAUUUUGAACCUUCCCCAGAAUUUGAAGACUGCUCAACUCUAAAUGAUAAGCUUAUAGAAUUCCCAGAAACAUCGAACAAUAACAAUACUAUCCCAGGUAAAAAGAGGAAAAGCAUCAAGUCAUUCUUUGAGAAAGUAUUCACUAACCAUAAUCUGCGUCAGCAUGAAACUUUUGAAGCUGAUAAGAUUGAACGCUUUGAAAGCUACCACGGUGAAGAGACAAGCUCUUGGGCCCCAGCAGAAGAGUUUUGGUUGGACGAAGUUACUACUUGUCAACCAUUCAUCAAUUCCAGCCACAAUGUCUACGACAGAAUCUUUGAAACUUUGAAGACCGAUCAUCCGACAUAUCAGAUGUUCCCUUCAAAGCAUAGUCCGCGUAGUCCGAUACUCCAUACCCUGACCGAAGAGCGUGACUAUAAAAGUUGUCACCUUAUUGACAGUGUCUAUCUCCAUACUGAUAACUUGGAGCUGAAAUUGGGAGAACGGAAAUUCAAAAGAUUACAAAGGAAGAAGCAGUUUUAUGACGCUGUCAAAAGCAAACUUGAUAGCACUGAUAUUUACGGAACGAUGGUCCAUAAGCCACAGAUUAACUCAGCGCAACCGAACCAAAUUUACAGGUCUAACAGUUUUGUCGAAAAGAUAAGCAAUAAGUCUCGCUUAAUUAAAGAAGUGACAAAAAAAUUGAAUCCUCCCAAGAAACCUAAAGAUAUCUAA